UGUAAUGAAGCUAUGAUCUCUUGCACUUAUUGCCCUCCAUUUUCUCUACUCAACAACACCUCCAUCAGCUCAUCUUUUUUUUCCCUUGCUAGAAAACUCGGUUCCUCUUCGAUCGUAUUUUUCUAGUAAAGUAACUGCAAACUCGCAAACUACAUUGUAGAGAUCAGAUUAGAUCUGGUGGUGGAAUGGACGAGCAUUUGAAGAAUCUGUUCGGCAGAAUCAGAGAACAGUUCGGGUCGGGUCCGGGGCUGGGUCCGGGAUCCGGAACAUGCCUCAUGAAAAUCGACGGAGUGGGCCCUCCAUUCAUCAAGUCGCUCUACAAAGCCGCUGCAUCUCUAUACCGCACCGAUCCGUGGCGGCGGUUGCGGCCGGGGCACCUCUUCGGCGUUAAGGUUGGGAAGGACCGCGAAUGGUACGGCCGGAGACAGCCGUUUCCCUGCAUCCAAUUCAUCGGCGGAGACGGCGGCGAUUUGGGGAUUCACAUGUUCCGGUCGCCGGAGGAUGCUCGGAAGUCGACUGGAGGCCGGGAGACGAUCAGAGUUGGCAAUGUGGAGCUGUUCCGGGUGACGUACGAGGUGGAGUCGCUGAUGUUUGCGUCGAACAAGCGGAUGAUCAAGUGCUUGGGGCUGGAGAGCUCCGGCGAGGAUCGGUUUCCGGUGUUCGAUGUGGUGCGUUGCAGGCCUUCCGGGGAGCUGGAGUUUAGGAAUCCGACGUUUGAGGAGCUGAGGUUUUGCUAUGGCGUUUUGAUGGCGGCUGCGCUGGUGCAUCCCCUGCUGGAGGGAGAUGGUGGUGGGGCUCCCAUCUAUGCUAGAUUGGCGGCGUUUCAGCCAUUAAUUGAGACGGUGGACGUUCAGUGGCCGGCGGAAUUCAGCAAAGGGACUGAUCUUGUUUCUGUUACCAUCUCUCACCCACCCAAUCAUGGAUACCAGGAAAAGAUUACCGAGCAUUCACAAGGAUGACAGUUUUUAGUUGAAUAGAGUAAAAGGUUGGUUGUGAUUUUAUUUCACUUAGUUUUGUAGUAGUUUAAGUUAAGCUAACUCAUGAUGUUCGUGUCGGGAAAAGAUGAGAUUUAGUUUACUUGCAUCUCUACAAAUGGUGUGAGUGUUGUUGAAGGUUGACGUAGAGAGGGAAUUGAAAAAGAGCUUAGUCGCAUUCGAGGUUUUGCUGAUUCAGAUGAGUAACACUCUGUACGCUUAGUCGCUUAUGACAUUUGUCUUUUCUCA